CUGCUACGUGGUGAAGGCCCUUAAUUCCGCGGCCCCGACACAAUGCGACAGUCCGGCGUGUGCUCUGGGCAUUCGUAAACUCCGAAGCGAUGAAAUCUGUGACCAACUUCAAGAGCUGCUUGGCGGCUGGCCUGCUGCAGGACCAAGUAGCCAUCGUCACCGGCGGGGGCACCGGUAUCGGCAAGGCCAUCGCGACCGAGCUCCUGCACCUAGGGUGUAAUGUGGUCAUUGCAUCCCGUAAGUUUGAUAGAUUAAAAUCUACUGCAAAUGAACUGAAAGCCAACCUAACUCCUGGCAACAAGGCCCAAAUCACUCCCAUACAAUGCAACAUCCGUAAAGAAGAAGAGGUGAACAGUUUGGUCAAAUCCACUUUAGAUACUUAUGGUAAGAUCAAUUUCUUGGUAAACAAUGGAGGAGGCCAGUUCAUAGCUCCUGCAGAAAACAUCACAGCCAAGGGGUGGCACGCUGUGAUUGAAACCAACCUGACAGGCACCUUCUACAUGUGCAAAACAGUUUAUAACUCCUGGAUGAAAGAACACGGAGGGGCUAUUGUCAACAUCAUUGUUCUUACGAAAUAUGGAUUUCCAAAUUCUGCGCACAGCGGAGCUGCCAGAGAAGGCGUGUACAGCCUCACCAAAUCUUUAGCUUUGGAAUGGGCCAGCAGUGGGGUGAGGAUCAACUGUGUCGCCCCGGGAGUCAUUUAUUCCCCGACUGCUUUUGACAACUAUGGUUAUUUGGCAAAGGAUUUAUUUGAAUCACAUUUUCAGAGAAUCCCAGCGAAACGGCUUGGCAUUCCUGAGGAGAUUUCCCCCUUGGUUUGCUUCCUGCUGUCCCCUACAGCGUCCUUUAUCACUGGUCAGCUGGUGGAGGUGGAUGGAGGCCAGUCUCUGUACAAUCACUCAUACACUAUACCAGAUCAUGACAACUGGCCUGAUGCCAUGGGGGACCUCUCGGUUGUCAAAAGAAUGAAAGAGGCCUUUAAGCAGAAAUCCAAACUCUAAGCCAAGGAAACAAAGAGAUUUCAUUCCUAAGUACUUUAACAUCUUGAGAAAGUACUUCUGUACUUCCAUAAUUUGUAUGGAAAAAAUCACUCAAUCUUCUGCUUCAAUGUUGUCAAUGAUAUCUAUGCAAAAAAAUUCCUGAAAUAAAGCCCUACCAGUGCCUUUUAGUUUAGGAUUAAAAAAUCAUACUUUAUGAUGAUACUUUGUAUUUCUAAAAAGGUAUUUGAAAAAUCAUUUUAGGUUAAUAGUAGAGGACAACUAAAUUUGUACAAUGGUUUAUUAUUCAAUAAUGGCAAAUACUCUGAUCAGUAAGUAGUGCUUUCUGAUAAUAAUGCAUUGUUUUGUGAAUGAAGACAUAUUUGUCUAAACCUACUUAAUUCAAAGAAAAAUAAAGCCAUGUGUAGUAUUUAUGUGCCU